GGAUUGAUAUGAAGCGACGUCACUAUCACGUAGGUGGAGUUUGCAAGAGGAGUAUUACGAGCCGCAUUGCUCGGAAUGAGAGGAACGCAGAGGGUGCAUCGCUGAAGGUUCGGCAGUCUCACGAAACGAGAGACUAUCCCAACAAUGGACGGUUGGGAGAUGUUUAUGUAUGGUUUCAUUAGCUGUAGCGAACUGGUGAAAUUUGCAGUCAUUGUCAUGAUCUUACAGUCAUUGUGAUGAUUCCAUGACUUCCAGUACGGAUUACCACAAUUCCAGUGAUACGGAGCAGAGCCCUGGCAAGUUACCAUCUGAACGACGUUUCUUUGCUUCGCUCAAUGUGAUAGUCAAAGGGCAUAUUCUACUUAUUUGCUGAUUAAUUUGCUUUGAGUGUGUAAUGCGUUAGGCAAAAAUUGAGAGUGCACUGUGGUGAGCAUUAGGGUUAGGCUGGCUUUGCAUUAGGAUAUAACCCAUCACAGUUUAGAAACUUCUCAGUGUAGUGUAUUUUUUAAGCAACACAUUCGAGCCUGCUUUGAACCAUUUAUGACGGAUUGUUUUACAUUUGCCCUCUAUGAAGAAACCAAGAUCCGCUGACCGAACCUAACUACAGUCGAGUUUGUGUUUGUUCCGUGCCACUGAGGACUGUAGCGUUCGAAAAUCCGAUCCUGGAGCAGCAGUGCCUGCUGCAUUAAAGCACCUUUUAUCGGAUUGUACCCUAGGGCUUUCUCUCUCUCUUUCUCUCAAAUGAUAACACCCACCUAUUUACACGGGGAAAAUAACUUAAACCCUUAACUCUCUCCGGAAAACCUUCGUCCCCCCGCACUGCUGUGCAUUUAAAGUUGUGCAUUAGUCAAGUAGGGACCGAGAUCUGAGACAGGGGCAGAGGUGGCCCUCGCUCUUUUGUCCAGGACUGUAAGGGUGAUUUGUGGGGAGGAAACACUGGGACACACACCAAAGCCUCAGCCAUGGCUCUGCCUGACAACUCCAGCGGCUUGCCCGGGGAGGAGGUGCCUUUCCCGGAGAUCGUGGAGCUGAAUGUCGGGGGCCAGGUGUACAUCACACGCUACUCCACGCUCACCAGUGUGCCGGACUCGCUGCUGUGUCAGAUGUUCAGCCAGAAGAGCACCAAGGGACUGGCGCGGGACACCAAAGGCCGCUUCUUCGUAGACCGCGACGGCUUCCUGUUCCGCUACAUCCUGGACUACAUGCGGGAUCAGCAGCUGGUGCUGCCCGACCACUUUCCCGAGCGAGGCAGGCUGCAGCGGGAGGCCGAGUUCUUCAACCUGCCCGACCUCGUCAAGAUCCUGGCGCCCAAGAUUAGCAAACAGAACUCGCUGGGCGACGACGGUUGCCAGAGCGACCCUGAGGAAUCCUCCCCCAGCACCGACGCUGUCCGCAACCUGGCGACGCUGGGCGCGGCAGCGGCCGCCUGCGCUAGCCUGGUGCCUGGCUCGGGUGACAGCAAGCGCUCGGGCUUCAUCACCAUCGGCUACCGCGGCUCGUACACGCUGGGCCGCGACAGCCAGACGGACGCCAAGUUCCGGCGCGUGGCGCGGAUCAUGGUGUGCGGCAAGACGUCGCUGGCCAAGGAGGUAUUUGGGGAGACGCUAAACGAGAGCCGCGACCCCGACAGGCCGCCCGAGCGCUACACAUCGCGCUACUACCUAAAGUUCACCUUCCUGGAGCAGGCCUUCGACAAGCUAGCCGACGCCGGCUUCCACAUGGUGGCCUGCAACUCCACAGGGACCUGCGCCUUCGCCCACGAGCAGACCGACGACAAGAUCUGGACCAGCUACACCGAAUACGUGUUCUACCGUGGCAAAGCCUCAUUCACAGACAUCUGGCCUGACGUCAGUAUCCCGGAGGCUCCCGUGGACCCGCAGCCUUGCGUAGACCCCAACCUGGCUUCUCUCUGCAGCCAAGCAGAGACCAACGACUGCAGCCAAACAGAGACCAACGACGCCCUGGACCUCCGGAACGGUGCUCCCCUGGAACCCCCUCCGCCUCCCUCGCCUCCAGCCCCAGACAGCCCUGACCUGCCCCUACCCCCACCACCACCCCCUUCUGCCCUGGACCCCCUCGCUGCCUCAGCCCUGGAGAGCCCCACAAGUCCGUCCAUCACCUCGCCCCCCAGCCCCCCACCACCACAAUCGCUACCCUCGUCACCCCCGGCGAUGAGUCCGGCACGGCCCACCACCCUGGCCCUGAAGACCCUGCCCCGACCCUCCACUGCCCAGGUCCCAACUCAAGCUUCGGCCCCUGCCAAGGAGAACGGGGGCCCCCCGGGCCCUGACCAGGAAGAGGAGGAGCGGAAGAUGCUGGAGGAGGACCUGAAGAAGUGCAUCGAUGAAUUCAACAAGAUCCGCAUCCCAAAGCUCUUCCCCGACCGCAAGAGGAACUGGCAGAAAGACUUGCUCAAGAAGUAUGAGUGAACUGGGUGAUCUGUGUGAUAUCGAUGAUCUAGAGUGUUCUAGAGUGAUCUAGGGUGAUCUGAGUGAUCUAGGGUGAUCUAGGGUGAUCUGGGUGAUAUAGGGUGAUCUGGGUGAUCUGUGCGAAUGUGACUGCGGUUCUGGCCCUGGGCUUUUGGCGGACCCAUAGUAAGAUUGUAUUUGAGGUUCCUUUGCUCAAUAAUCACAAAUGCUGUAGUGUUCCCUGUCAGUGAUACAGUGCUUUUGUGUGGCCCUGUGUUGAAUGUGUGACUGUUAACAACUGAAUGAAAUGUGUGCAUGUAUGUGAGAGUGUGUGAUCGUAUGAACAUGUGAGAGAGAAAGUGUGUGUGUGUGUAGUGUACUUAAUCAAACUCUCUUACACACUUGAAGAAUACAGAUUGAUACUUCUGGACUCAAGCCAACAAAUAUCAACCUGACACAAGCUGCGUUUCUAUCUGCAUGUUUGGAUAAAUAUGCUUUUCCCCACGACUGCACUAAGUAAAUGAGUUCUUCAUUAUCCCGUAUUUUAGCAGCAAAAACGCUGCCGGUUCUAAAAUGACCAAAACACUGCCAGUCUUGAAGUGACAAAAACACUGCCAGUUCUAAAAUGACAAAAACACUGCCAGUUUCAGUUAGGGACAGACUCUGGAACAGGGCCAUGCCAGAUCAGGGCUGGGUCCAUUCCAGAACCAACUGGUGUCCGGUUCCGGUAUGAUUCUGAGGGUAAAGUACAGUCCUGUGAUUGGUGCUUCUGGGGUUCUGAUGGGAAGUGCUGAGGAUAUGUGGGGCAAUUAAACAUUCCAUCACCAGCUGUCUCAUGUGUGUCAGGUUAUCUCUGUGUCUCUCGCUCUCCUUUUCUGU